CAGUCGCGGUGUCUGGACGCCAUCGACGGCAUUUUUUCCCUAUUGCUGGGAUUUUUUGAAAAGUUAUACACUACUGCUAUUGCCCGCAGGAGCUGCGACAGACGCCACCAUGCCUCGCAGUCAAACGCAACGGAGCGGUCCCAAAGACAGAGACCAGUCCUCCAAGAAACCGAAAGCCGCACCCAGGAAGAACAGGCCCGGAAAAUACCUCAACGCAUUUGCUAUCGCAGAGAGCGAAUACAAACCAAAGCUAGGACUUAAGCGCAGUCGCUUCGGCCAAGAAGAUGAACAGUUCAAACGCAAGCGCAACAUCGGUCGAGACGCCGACGAUUCGGACGGUCAGGAUCAAAGCAAGCGCCGUCGCACGGAAGAUGAUGAUGACUCGGAUAUGGGCUCGAAUGCUGGUAGCGACGGUGAAGGACACCGGUGGAAGAUCGGUGAGGUCGAUAGUGACGACGAGGUGGACAGUGACGAAGCGAUGGGCUCCAGUGAUGAGGAGAGAUUUGAAGGCUUCACUUUUCGCGGCAGCUCUACAAUGAAAAACCAACCGAAGAAGGCACCGGAGCGCAAAAAGCGCAGUCGCGAGAUCACACUAUCUGAAGACGUUGAAGAGUCGGAAGACGAUGACGAUUUCGAUGAAGAUGAGGACGACCUCGGAGAGGAUGCAAUCGACCUGACCGCUGCUUGGGACAUGAACAUGGCAGAAGAGGAAGAAGAGGAGAAAAAGAAGGCGAAGUCCAAGUCCAAGCAACCCGUCGAAAGUGAUGAAUCAGAAGAAUAUGACUCCGACAGCGAAGACAGCGGAUCCGACGAGAGCGACAAAUUAUCACUUUCGGGAGAUGAGGACGAGGCAGAUGAACAUGGUCUUUCCAAGCUACAGAGCUUUGUCAACUCUAUGAAUAACGAGAGCACUACCAAGACGACUCGAAGGACAGGCGGCAGCCAGGAACAAGGGACCCCGACGGAGUUCGGGCUGACUUCUACACGGAAGCUCACCGUUGCCGAUCUCUUGCCAUCCAUUACAGACUCUCGUUUGAAGAGUUCGCUGAAGCAUGUCGACUCCGAUAUAACCUCUCAUAAGAAAGCGUCCGGUGUUCCUGGCAAGUUGGAUGCGCCUCUUGCAAAACGUCAACAAGAUCGGCUGGACCGGGCGGCUGCAUACGAGAAGAGUAAAGAGACUAUGGACCGCUGGUUGGAGACAGUUAAGGCGAACCGCCGAGCAGAGCAUCUUGUGUUCCCGCUGCCCGACCCCGAAGCAAACCAGACGCAUCGGAUGGGUGCUGCUGAACCGAGAACGGAUCUUGAAAGCACCAUCCAAAACAUCCUUCAGGAGAGCGGACUUACCGAGGCCAACGGAAAGUCGGCGGAGGAUCAGGUACAGGAGUUCGAAGAGCUACAGGCACGCAAGUUGCCUAUUGAGGAGAUUAGAGCUCGUAGAGCGGAACUACGGAAGCGGCGUGACUUGCUCUUCCGGGAAGAAGUACGAGCCAAGCGGAUUAAGAAGAUUAAGAGCAAGUCAUACCGUCGUGUACACCGGAAGGAGCGGGAGAGGCUGGAGCAACAGGAACGACAGGCCCUCCUGGAGGCUGGUGUGGAUCUGGAUGAAGAGGAGAAGGAGAAGAAUGAUCGACUCAGGGCGGAGGCUAGAAUGGGCUCUAAGCACAAGGAGAGUAAAUGGGCGAAGAGCCUGAAGCAGACUGGUCGGACCGCUUGGGACGAGGAUGCUCGACGUGGCACGCAAGACCUGGCACUACGGGAGGAGGAACUACGGAAGAGGAUCGAAGGAAAGAGCGUCACGAACGGCAACGAGGACUAUCUCGGCUCAUCCAGUUCUGAGUCCGAAGACGAGGACCCGUGGGAUGAGGAGGCCGGGUCGGAUGCUGAAAAGCGCAAGAUCCGUCAAAAGCUUAGCCAGCUCGAAGGAGGCGACGACGUUGACUCGGAGUUGAAGGGGCCCCAUGCCAAGCUCCUCUCCAUGAAGUUCAUGCAGAAUGCGGAUGCUGCGCGUAAAGCAGAGAACGAUGCUGAGAUCCGGCGCCUCAACCGGGAGCUUCAUGGUGAAGAGUCCCAAUCGGAAGCAGAAUCUGAGGUUGGUCGACGGAAAUUCGGCCACUCAGAGACUACGAAGUCUGCCAAGGAGACCAAAGCGAAGCCGCCACGGAACGAAUUUGAAGAGGCGCCUGGGUCCGAUGAUGAGGAGGCGCAAGAGGCGGAUCAAGAAGUCAAGAUCGUUCUCGACCGUCCUGAAAAGAAAGGACCGGCCAGCUCCCAAAACAAGCCUCGGGGUCGUCCCCAAAAAGAAGCUGCGGAAGAACAGGACUCUGCUGUCGAAGAGAACCCGUGGCUCGUCCAGACAAACAGAAACAACCGUCGCACAACAGGAAACGAUUCACAGCAGACCAUUGAUAUCACACUCGAUGAUGCGAAGACUAGCAGCGACAAUUCCAAGAAGGCGCCCAAAGCCCAGAAGGCAUCCGCAUCUAAGAAGAAGCUUGAUGCAGAGGACUAUGAUAGCGACGAUGAGGACAGCGUACCGGUGCUUCUCAAGAACCAUGACCUGGUGAAGCGGGCCUUUGCUGGAGACGAAGUUGUCCAGGACUUCGACCAAGAGAAGCUCGACACCAUCAAGGAGGAAGAUGAUCAAGUGAUUGACAACACCCUCCCGGGAUGGGGUAGCUGGGCUGGUGAUGGAAUCAGCAAGAAACAACAGAAGCGACAGAAACGUUUCCUCACCAAGGUCGAGGGAGUGAAGCCGGAGGAUCGGAAGGAUGCCAAGCUUUCCCGGGUCAUUAUCAACGAGAAACGGAUCAAGAAGAACACCAAAUACAUGGCCACCCAGCUCCCUCACCCGUUCGAGACGAGGCAGCAGUACGAGAGAUCGCUCCGUCUGCCGAUCGGUCCCGAGUGGUCUACCAAGGAAACUUUCCAGAAUGCAACCAAGCCACGCGUGAUGGUCAAGCAAGGUAUCAUCAAGCCAAUGUCGAAGCCUAUGGCUUAAGGUAUGAGAUAGUCCGGCUGCGAGUCGGUGGUCAUGAUGGGUGUAUGUACCGGCGGAUACAAGUGAUCUUGCUCGAGGAGGUUGUUGUAGAAUUAAGUUUGGUCAUGAUACCAAGUCAUUUUAAAGAUACUC